ACACGUGCCCCUCCAACGACAACCUGAGCUUCCUCGACACGCUCGUCGACGUCAAGCAGGAGGUCGAGGAGGAGGUGAGCAUCGGGUCGUCCUGCGGGUCGCCGGCUGCGCCUUCGCCGGGAUGUGCCAGCCAGAAGGAGAUCUUGGAGACCGUCGAGCUGGCCCUGGAGCACGCCAGGAGGGACGUCCAGCGCGUGUCGGAGAGCCUCAACAUUCCUCGUGACCCCGCCCACUGGAGCGUGGAGGAUGUGCGAAAGUGGCUCAAGCUUCAGGCGGCGCAGCUCAACCUGCCCCCUCUCAUGCUGGACUUCUGGAACCUGGCCGGCCCCGCGCUCCUCAAGCUGACGGAGGCGCAGUUCCGCCAGCUGGCGCCCGUGGGAGGCGAGCUCCUCUACGCGCAGCUCGAGAUCUGGCGCGAGGCCCUGCGCACCGCGCCCAAGCUGCCCCACAACUACUACUGGCACCUGCAGGCCGACCCGCAGGCCGCCGCCAUGCCCAUCCAGCCCAUCCACUCGCAGCCGCAGCCCCAGCAACAGCAGCAACCGCAGCCGCCGCAGCCGCAGGCGCCGCAGCAGCAGUGCCAGCCGCAGGUGUCGCCCAGCGCCCAGAUGGGGUCCCCGAGGAGCUCCCCGCUUGGCCUGGCGCCGGGCCUGAGCCAGGUGCCCACGCCCGUGGCGCAGGUGGCGCAGCAGCAGCAGCACCAGCAGGCGCCCUCGCCCCUGCAGCCCGCCCCGGUGGGCCAGCCGCAGCAGGCCAGCGCCGCCCCGCACCCGUCGCCGGCGGCGCAGCAGGCCAGCGCAGGCCCGGUGUAUCUGGACGAGCCGUGCCUCGACAUGGCGGCCCUUCUGCAGCAGCAGUCCGGCAGCCCGAAGGCCGCCCACGCCGCCUCGGUGCCCGCCCACUCGCCGCAGGACGACGCCUACGACUCGGAGGACGACGCAGACGAAGAGACCACCACCAAUAACAACGGACGCGGCGGCACCCACAUCCACCUGUGGCAGUUCCUGAAGGAGCUCCUGCACCAGCCCCAGCUCUACGGCUCCUGCAUACGGUGGCUGGAUCGCCCUAAGGGAGUGUUCAAGAUCGAAGACAGUGUUCGUGUGGCGCGCCUCUGGGGAAAGAGGAAGAACCGACCAGCUAUGAACUAUGACAAGCUCUCCCGCUCCAUCAGGCAGUACUAUAAGAAGGGCAUCAUGAAGAAGACGGAGAGGUCCCAGCGAUUGGUGUACCAGUUCUGUCACCCCUACUGUCUGUAGGGCGUGGCCAGACGCUCCCUCUGUGUACGUGUGGGCAUGUGUGUGUGUGUGCUGCUUAGGUUUAAGGGGGGAAGGUAAUUUCCCCUAGUUUAGCACAUGGUCUUCUUGGUAGACGGUUCGGCUUUGCUCUCGAGCGUGAGCCUGAGCUGACUACAUUAGUCCUGUGUGGUAUUUUUUCACCAUAUAUCUAUGAUAUAUCCCCAUGUGUAAGUUCUAUGAACUUAGUGUUAAGUCUAGACGCCAUCAGUUAGAGGCGUCCGGGCAGCCCGAGAGUCACGGCCGCCCCGCAGUAGCGGCGCUGCCGUGACGCAUAGGCCUAUGUUCUUAAUGUUUUUAUUUAGGCUAAUUUUCCGUAUUUAUGUUCGCCAAGGUUGCGAGGUCCGGAGUUUCCAGUGGAAACCUCCGUCCUCGCGUAGGUGUGUUCGCGGCGCGGCUUUAGACCCCAUGUUUGCAGCUGAGUAACGCCAUGAAAGCCGGGCCGCGAACACUGCUUGAGUGUUUUAGAUUAAGUGUUCGAGUAAUAAACUGUAUUUGUUUUAAGCUGAUACGUGUCAAACACGGAGUUUAAAAAGUCUUGAAGUUUCCCUUUGGAAAUAGAGUAUUUUUUUAUGUGUACGCCGCGGAGGGCGGUCGAGGAGCGCGGCCACCCCCUCCCCCUCCUCCGCAGCCUGGCGUCUGCACCAUCAUCACGUAGCUGCUGUGGACGCCGCCCGUAGUGGUCGUGUCAGUCCUCCCUUGUCUCAACCUCCCAUACGUCGGGGUUGAGGCAGGGGCGUGAUGCCAGAGAGAGAGGCGUGCUGGAGUCCCAUCCCUCCCCCGCCCCGCCCCGCGCUCGCCUCUGCAAGCGCGGGGCGAGGCGGCGUCGGCGCCUCCAACUCUGCCCCAUCCACUGCUUCGUUUCUGGGCGAGACGCAGCCGUGUCGAACGCACAGCUGCCUCCCGCCCACUGCAUGCAUGGCACCAAGUGUUCAUGAGUGCAUGGGACAGGGUUCGGGCGCUAGGAGGGUCCCGCCAAAGUGAAUACAAGAGCGAGAUGGGUUAUUGCGCCCAGACUCAGCACGACUAGCGGCUGGUUGGCACUUGAACAUAGCCACUUGGAAAUCUAUUUUUGUAAGACUGUGAAUAUAUAUAUAUAUAUAUAUAUAUAUAUAUAUGUAUAUAUAUGUGUAUAUAUAUGUUUAUAUUGUAUAUUAGCAACAAUUCGUUUAUAUUGCUUCUGAAGUACCGGUAGAUCAUCUCACGUCAUGAUGAUGAAAAAGCUUGUUUAAAAGUUCUACUACCAGGAGCAGUAUGAACGACUGAUAAAGCAACUGUAAUAAAUAUAUUAAAAAAUCCAAAAAAAAAUAAAAAAUAAAAAGUUAAGUUUAUAUAUUGGUAUAUACUUUCAUCCGAAGUGUCCCCAUUCCGGAAUAUAUGAUCACAGUGCUCAUGUUGUACUUGUGUGUUCAAAAUAAACACCUCCCACAAA